CUUAAAACUGACUUCGGUGCUCAGUUGUCAACAGCCAUUGUCUAUCCAUGAUAUGUGUAAGCAUGCAUGGAGCCCACUAACAUACCCUAAUCCCACAUGUCCCUUUCUCUGAACUUCUCAAACACGUACCCACAGUCCAAUUUCCAAGUGUCAACUUCCCUGCCUCUUCGAUUCAUGCUGCCUCUUCGCUUCAUUGGCCAAAACCCACCCUUAAAACUGCCCAAAACCCAUCAAUCCCUCUGUAAACAGAGUACCCCCCCUCCCUCUAAACUCUACGCAUCUCUGCUAAUAAGAAAAUCAUUCUGCAUUUUCUUCUAAAUCACCCAGGCUUCUUGGCUCCUCUCGCUUGAGAAGCCGCGGUAACCGUAAGUGAAGCACAACGUGAAACUAGCCACCAUGAUCAAGACCCUGAGCCCUUGCUCCAACACAGCAAAAACAGCUGAAAUUAUGUCUAGGUAUAGGCCAAUAGCUCCAAGGCCUGAGGGUUCUGCGAGUUCAAUGGAUGAGAGUUCAUCCAUGUCUCAGAAAAUCCGAGAAUCUCCUUAUUUAAGGACCCUUUGGCCACAAAUGCAGGCCAGGCCUACCAGAACCAGGAAGAGAGGUAGAGCUGUCGUAUCACCACCUAACAUCAAAAGGCCAAGAACCCAUUUGCUGGGCCUUUCUUCUCCUAGUCAUGUAACAUCCCCAGCCAAACAUCUCUCCUUGCAGGGUUUUGUUCAUGGAAUUCCCCAGCUUCCUGUUCCAAACCUGGUUGGGGUCAAUAGCGGCUUGGAAAAUUCAGUUACUAUGUCAUCAAAUCUAGUAACACUUCCACUUCUUCAGAGUCCUACAACAGUUACUGUUGUUGCAAACCAAGCAGCAGUUCCUGAGCUUAGUUGCAUGGAACCAAAUAGAGACAAGGUAAUAGAUUUAAACACCGUGGCUGAAUUUCCGGAAGAGAAGGAUCUCCUGCAACAAUUACAGGUACCUCCCACCAACAAUGUUAUAGCACCUCAACCGCUUCGACUGGUAGGCUCAAGCAUAAGUAUAGCCUGCAUCAGUGAAGACCCAAGCUUCAUCCCACUGGUGAGAGUUCCAAAGAAGCCAGAGGAAGUCGAGGAAGAAGUUGAGUCUGAGGUCUUGCCAACAGUGAUAUCUGAUUCCAACAACAAAGUGAGGCUAGCAAAUUCUGCUUACAAAGAAAUGGUGGGUCAGCCAGAAUGUUCCUGGCUUGACUCGAUGAUGACUGGCGAUGGAAGUUUUGCAGGCAGGUCAUGCAAGAGGAUAUGUGGGGAGGUGGAGCUUCACCUUUCUGAUUUAAGAGUGCCAGCAUCUUCAAAUGGGUUUUCAUGCUGGGUGAGGAUAGAAUGGUGCAACAAGGGGACAAAGAAUGUGAUCAUUACUUUCUGUGAUGUUAUCAGAUUAUCCUGCGCGUCCAGGGAUUACCUCUUUAGUUGGAGGUUCCACACUCGUGGCAGAAAGGAUUUUCAGUCCAAAACCAAUGCUUGAAUGUUUUGUUGUAUACAGUAGCUUACUAGACAGCGCACUAAUGGUAGAUGUACACACAUAAGACGUCAAAUAUAAGUAGAUUUGGUCAGCUCUUCAA